AUGACUUGCAGUUCUCGAAUACUAUUACCAUUUGCAUUAUGGCCUGAAAAUCCACCAUCAUUAUCAAUAUCGUCAUUAUUUAUAAAUUUAGCAAGUAAUGAUCUUAUAACGGGCACCAAUGAUGGUUUUAUCGUUUGUUGGAAAAUUGUACCUGAUCAUCAAAAAAUUAUUCCAAGGUUAAUGUUAAUUGGUCAUACGGAUCAAAUUUCAUUCAUAGUCGCUUCAAUGUCAAUACAUAAACUCGAACACUUUGUUAGUAUUUCAGAUAAUGAUGGUGAAAUUAAAUUAUGGAAUAAUGAAGAUGGUCGUUGUAUUGAACAUAUAGGAACUAAUCUUAAACAUCGCUGUGUGCAAUGUUUCUAUUAUCAAUUAACAAAUGAAAGUUUCCUUAUGUGUUCUGGUUGUUAUUCAGAAAUACUUAUCUAUGAUAUGUAUACACUUGAAAUUAAAUUUACUCUUACAACAUCAAAUGUUAAUGCAGAUUGGAUAUCAACAUUUUUUGUUUUCCAAAAAAUAAAUGUUCCAGAAAAUAUCAUGGUUAUUGGAUUGCUUGAUGGUGGUUGUGUUAAAUCAUGGACAUUUGAUCCUCGUACAGCCACUUCAAAUACAGUUAUUGAAAGUACAAAUAUAGGAAAUAAUAAUAAUAAUAUUCUACCAAUUGAUAUUAAAGAACAUGAAAGUAAAGAAAUUCGAACAUCAUUUGGUUCAAUUAUUGUACCUUGUGAUGAAUGUCAAAGAAUGAUACUUAUUGUUCAUUGCCAUGGUUGGCAAGUAAGUGAUGAUUUUUGUUUAUGUUCAUAUACAACGAAUGAAAAGGAUAUUGUCAAAAAAGAACAUUGGAUAAAUGGAUAUUUCCCAACAUCAGGUUUAGUUAUCCUCUUUUCUGCUCGAGGUUACGGACAUAUAUUUCGUCUUCCAGAAAAUGCAAUAUUUCUGAAUCCAAAAUACCGUUCACUACAUAAUAAAACUGAUAUGCAAUUACCGCAAUGGCUAUGUAGAUUAAGUGUUGGAAAUGAAUUACAACUUGCUCGAACACCUAUUUAUUCUUGUCAUACAAUAUUAAACCACUGUCAAAUUUAUCGAGCUGAUUCUUCUGGUCAAAUAUCUGUUUGGCAUAUAAAUCUAAAAGAAUUUUCAACAAAUACUGAUCUUCUUCCAAUAAGUUCAAUUUCUUAUCAAAAUGUUUGGUCACAUGCAUUAACGAAUAUUCGUACAAUACGAACAAUUUUCAAUAAAAUAUUACCAAAUAAAAUCAAUAAAUUAACUGCAUCAUAUCACUUAAUAACCAUGGAUCGUCUUGCAUUUGGUACUGAUAAUGGGAAAAUUUAUAUUAUACCAGCAUUAAAACUUAUUUCGAGUCUUUUUUUAAAUAAUGAUCAACAUGAAGAAAAUUUUGAUAUUCAAACACUUGUUGGUCAUAAACAACUAAUAACAUGUUUAGUUCAUCCACAUAGUGAAUAUUCACAUUAUGAUAUUCAACAUUUAGUUAGCGGUAGUUUGGAUCAUUCAAUACGUUUAUGGGAUUUAUCAACAAACACACAGUUGCAUGUGUUUACUGAACAUUUCGGUUCAAUUCUUAUGCUUCACGUUCCACCACCUAUGCUUAAUAUUAAAGUACAAUAUUGUGUAUGUGCAAUAGCUAAUGAUCAUAGUGUUUCAUUAAUAAGUUUACGAGAACGUAAAUUAAUUCUAUUAGCUAAUCGACAAUUAUAUCCUGUUGUUGGACUUCGUUGGAGAAUAAAUGAUGAAUUUUUACUUAUAAAAUGUUCCGAUGGUAGUUUAUUUAUUUGGCAAAUUGAAACAGGAAAACUUGAUCGUGUUGAAUAUGGAAUAUUAGCUGAAGAAUUAUUUGAAUGGUAUAAUGAUCCAAAAAUACUUAGUGCAAAUAUUGAUCUUCAAAAUGAUCCAUUAUCAACAGCAAUGGUAUCUUCAUAUUAUAUUCAAAUAAGAUCAACUGGAAAACAAAAAGAUUAUGAUCAAAUUAAAAAAUUAACUAGAAGAUUCGGUACUCCACGUUAUGAUUUAAUGGGUAUAUCAUCGUUUAAACGUUCACAAUAUCGUUUACCAAUUGUAAUUCAAAAAUUUCAUACAAAUAUAGGUGAUGAUUUGGGUUUACUUAUUUUUUUCGAUUUACUACAAUUAAUUAAACAUAUUGAAUUAGCAAAUAAAAUUACUCGUUCACAAUCUGAUCAAAUAUUAACAUCAUUAAUAAAUUUAUCAAAUUUACUAGUUUCAUUAAUUCAUCCAUGGUAUUUUGAUAAAAAUAUUGAUCAUAUAGGUCAAGAACGUCUUCGUUUUAAUCAUGUUUAUCGAUUUAUAUCUUAUGGUAUAUUAAGUAAAAAUGAACAUUUAGCUAUUGUUUUACCCACAUGGCAACAAUAUUUAAAUGAUUAUGCAUCUGAAACAUUUUUACCGAAUCUGGCUGCAUUUAUUCCAUCUGCUGAAACUCAAAUAGAUAAUGAUGAAACAUUAAAAUAG